AAAAGCUGCCAUUUUGGUCAGUCGUUAUACCAACAUGUCGGCUUACACUGUGUUUGUGGCUUUGUUGAUCACCUGCGUCUGCGCAUUCCCAGUGCCUGACGAAAAAGCGAAGGUAUCUGUGAUCAGAGACAGCACUAUUGGCUUCGCGCUGGGGGCUGGCGGCAGCAAGACAGCCGGCAUACAAAUCGGCAAUGGCAACAUCAAAGUGCAAAUCAAGGAUGUAGCCCGCAAGCGGCCGGACUUCAGUUUCCUAGAAAACGUGAACUCAGGAAUAGCGUUUGGCUUCGACCAGAGCAUCAGCAUUGGCGUUCUAAAGGACAACUUGUUCAAUGGCAAAAACCCCAUCUUUGGGAGAAAAUAAAAUACAAUUCGCAAGUACAUGCUGCGUCAUUUUUUUUGUCGCAUUA